AUGUGUGUGUGACAAAAGUCUGUAAAACUUUUCGACUCCUUUCGUCUCCGGAACCUUAAAGUGUCGUGUAAAUUUGCUGUGUGGCGCUAUUACUUUCAUUCGGCGUGUUUUCCAAUUCUUACUUUUACCUAUCUUCACACUUUACAGUUGGGGACGUUUUUCGAUCGAUCGGAAAAUCGAUUGGCACUCUUUGUACCUGUGUAUCAUCGCAAUUCCUACUCUCCUUCACAGCGCUUUUGCCGGAACAAAAGUGACUGAAAGCAUUGAUUUUGGUGCGAUUGUUCAUUCUCAUCGUCGUCGAAGGCUUGGACAAGUAAAAAAACACUGUAGCGAACUUGGAGGUAGGUGCUGCUUAUGCUGCAAAAUAUUCGGGGAUGGUUUGUGUGAUGAUGCAGCUAUAAGUACGACAAAACGGUUCGAGUUUAAAUUCACCUGCUCUCUUCGGUCUAGCGCCACUGUGCGUUCUGCCCGAGGCUCACAACAUCUCUUUGCGCCGCCUAAUCUUCUAAUCCGGCAGCCUCUCGCAAAUAGAGUGUGUGGAGAUAGGUUUUCCCCAAAUGGAAUAAUGGCAUCCAACCAAACGAUGGAUGAAAUUCGUCGGCAACGAUUGCUGGCACUCGAACAAAAAAUUCGAGAUCCGGCUGGCAUCGCAAACGUUGAUUGCCUUCUGGACACUGUAACGGCGCUUGUCGCUGACUGCGAUCACGAAAGCGUCAAAAUCAUAAAAAAUAUCGAAAUUUUCAUCAAAAGAUACAAAGAUCUUGCGCGCGAAAUCACCAAUCUUCGUAUGAAACCAGAUGAUUUUACCUCCAUCAAGCUGAUAGGACGCGGUUCGUUCGGCGAGGUUCAGCUAGUUCGCCAUAAAAGUUCCAAUCAGGUGUAUGCCAUGAAGCGUUUAUCAAAAUACGGCAUGAUAACUCGUUCGGAUACAGCUUUCUUUUGGGAAGAGCGCUACAUCAUGACGCAUGCCAACUCCGAGUGGAUCGUGCAGCUACACUACGCAUUCCAGGAUUCUAAAUAUUUGUACAUGGUUAUGGAUUACAUGCCUGGUGGCGAUAUCGUUUGCCUCAUGAAUACAUAUGAAAUUCCGGAAAAAUGGGCCCUUUUCUACACGAUGGAAGUUGUUCUGGCACUUGACACCAUCCAUAACAUGGGUUUCAUUCAUCGCGACGUAAAGCCGGACAAUAUGUUACUCGAUAAGCACGGUCACCUCAAGCUAGCAGACUUCGGAACGUGCAUGCGAAUGGGUGAGGAUGGGCUGGUGCACUCUUCAAAUGCCGUUGGUACACCGGACUACAUAAGCCCCGAGGUGUUGCAGUUUCAAGGCGACAAAGGAGGCUACGGACGCGAGUGUGAUUGGUGGUCGGUAGGAAUAUUUCUCUACGAAAUUUUGAUCGGUGAUACACCCUUCUACUCCGACAGCCUUGUUGGAACGUACGGUAAAAUCAUGGAUCAUAAAAACAGUUUGCACUUUCCGGACAACGUUGAGAUAAGUGAAAAUGCCAAGUCCUUAAUCAAAGGCUUCCUGACCGAUCGCACGGUCCGUCUUGGGCGGCACAGUGUCGAAGAGAUCAAAUCGCACCCCUUCUUCGUAAAUGAUACGUGGACUUUUGAGAAUUUACGCCAAUCAGUACCUCCAGUCGUACCGGAGCUAAGCGGAGACGAUGAUACACGCAACUUUGACGAGGUUGAGCGCAAAAACAGCAUCGAACUCACCUUUCCAAUACCGACUACUUUUGCUGGGGACAACUUACCGUUCAUUGGAUUUACUUACACGAGCGAUCAUCAGCUACUCGGAAGUAGUUUGGAUACGGCAGGUCAGCAGGAUAUAACAGACAAUAAAGAAGUAAGUGGCACUGAGCGUGCCAGCAAUCAUCGCCAUCGUUCCUCAAACAGUGCUGAGCUCGCGCGCCUUGAAAAUAUGCUUCAGCGCGAGAAGCACACAGUGGAAGUGCUGGAAAAACAGGAGCGUACUCUUCGCCAACAGAUCGAAGUUAUCACGAAGCGUGAGUCGGAUAUCCAAACGCUCGCCAACAACUAUGAGCGUGACCUAACUGUGCUGAAGCACAACUUUCGUGAAAUGCAACGACGGGCGGAUGGUGAGCAGGAGGCACGAAAAAAGGCAGAGAAUGUCCUGGUUGAAACUAAGCAACGUCUGAUGGAGGAGAGAAAUAGGCGAACGCAAGAAUUAAACAACAGCCAUCAGUAUAACGAUCGUAUUAAUGCUCUCGAGAAGCAGCUAGCUGACUGCCAAGAGAAGUACAAGGCUGAGGCAGAUGCGGGCCAGAAAAUGAAGAAGCAGUUGGCCGAUCUACGGCUAGUGGCGAGCGGUGCCGAACAAAAGGCACAUGAUUUGCAGGCGGUACUUCUCGGACUGCAGACUAUGCGUGAUUUGCUGCAGCAAGAGGUGGCUGAUUUACAAGGCCAGCUGUCGCAGGAGCGAAAUACACGACUUCAACGGCUCGAAAUUCAAAAGGAGAUGGAGACCAAGGUACAGUCACUGUGUUCCGACCUCGAGCGUGUCAAUUUGCGGGAGCAGAAGGCGCUCAGUGACAAUCGGGUGCUACAUGAUAAGAUCGCACAGCUCGAGAAAGAAAACGCAUCGAUAGAAUGUGAACUGAAAGCAUUUCAAAACCGCUAUCAGCAGGAAGUGAAGGCUCACCAAGAGACUGCCAAGACUCGUUUGCUAAACAACGAGGAAGCAAAUAUGCAGGAGGUCAAAGCGUUGCAAGACAAGCUUACAGAAGAAAAGCUAGCACGGCAGAAGGCAGAACAAAAUUCGCAAGAAAAAGAGCGUCAACUUUCCAUGCUCUCCGUGGACUAUCGCCAGAUACAGCAGCGUUUACAAAAAUUAGAAGGCGAAUAUCGUCAGGAAACUGAAAAGGUUCUUGCUUUGCAUAAUCAGUUCGAACAGGAGAAAUGCAAGAAAAACUGUCUACUGUCGGAAAUGAGUCUGCAAAGUUCUGAGGUUGCUCACUUAAAGGCAAAAGAAGUACAACUGCUGAAAGAGGUGCAACUGUUACGCGAAGGUCGUAAGCUAUUGGAAGACGAAGUAGCACUUCUAAAAAAGAAACGCGAUAGGGAUAUUCUGCAGAUGAAGGAAGUCCAAGACCAAUUGGAAGUAGAACAGUAUUUUUCAAAAUUGUACAAAACACAGUGCAAUGAAGCCCGCGAAGAGUUGAAAGAGCGGGUUCGGCAGCAGGAAAAGGUAGACGAAGAGCGUGGGACUAUACAUCAUCAGCUACAGCUUGCGAUAGCACGCGCAGACAGUGAAGCCCUUGCCCGAUCCAUCGCUGAAGAGACUGUAGCAGAUCUCGAAAAGGAAAAGACCAUGAAGGAACUCGAGCUGAAGGAUAUUCUUACCAGCCAUCGUAACGAUAUGCUUGCCAAAGAUGCUGCGCUUACAGCGCUGAAGGAUAUAGAGGCGGAGCUCAAUAAGAACCUGACCAACAAGUCGUACGAGCUGGAUGAUUUGAUGCAACAGUGCAAAAAGCUGCAAGAUGAGCUGUAUGUUUUGAGACUGGAACAAGGAGAGUUAGACAAGUGCAAGACUAAGCUGUUGAAUGAGACAAUUCUUAAGCAACAAGCAGUGAACAAACUGGCAGAGAUAAUGAAUCGUAAGGACAACAACCUUACGAGCAAGCAGAAAAUUAAAGUCAACUCUACGGCAGAGCUUCGUAAAAAGGAGAAGGAAAAUAAGCGCCUGCAGCAGGAACUGUCGUUAGAGCGAACAAAAUAUGAUGAAUUAUGCCAGAAACACAACGAAACUAUCAGCCAACUGUCCCGGGAGACUGAUAUAAAAACCAAGUUGCAAAUGGAAAUAGAUUGCAAGGCAACGGAAAUCGAGCAUCUACAGAUGAAGUUGAAUGAGACAGCCUCACUUUCGUCAGUGGAUAAUGAUAUGAUGGAAGAAAACCAGGACUCAAUCUUUGAGGGUUGGCUGAGCAUUCCGAACAAGCAGAACAUCAAGCGGUAUGGUUGGAAGCGUCAGUUUGUCGUUGUGUCUCCGAAGCGAAUCAUUUUCUAUAGUUCUGAAGUGGACAAACAAAACACCAGUGAUCCACUCUUGAUCAUCGAUCUGAGCAAAGUUUUCCAUGUGCGACCGGUGACGCAGGGUGACGUUAUAAGAGCUGAUCCCAAAGAGAUACCUCGAAUCUUCCAAUUAUUGUAUGCAGGAGAAGGUGAGGCUCGUCGUCCGGAUGAGCAACAGCAACUGGAAGUCAGCUCAUCGCGUUGCGAUGAAAAGCCCCUUACCCUGCAGUACAAAGGUCAUGAGUUCCUGCAAAUCAGUUACCAUAUUCCAACGACGUGUGAUCUUCCCUCGUGUCAAAAGACACUGUGGCACGUGUUCAAGUCUUUACCAGCCUACGAGUGCAAAAGGUGUCGCUUGAAGCUACACAAGGAGCAUGUUGACAAUAACAAUCCGCUUGCACCCUGCAAACUGCAUCACGACCCCAAUCAUGCCCGCGAAAUGUUGCUCCUCGCAUCAUCCAACGAGGACCAGUGCCGUUGGGUUUCGCGUCUGUCGAAGCGUAUUCAAAAGAGCGGCUACAAAGCAAAUUCAACCAGCAAUUUGGGCGGAACCAUCCACAACAGUAGCGGCGGAUGCCUAACGACCGCUGCUGGUAACGCUAGUGCCCGAGAUGAUUCAUCAAAGGUGUCGCCAAGCCAAUCAACACGUUCGAAUUACAAACCGACCUCUACGUUGGCUGUACAGCGUUCAGCCACGCUACCAACAAAUGCAUCGCUUAAGCCACCGCAAUAAACAUAGUUGUAUCAUACAACUUGUAUGUACUACACCACAUAUCGGCUGUAUUUGCCGGAGGCCUUACGUUCCAGCUGAAUGUCCUCCGUUCCAGCCGGAUGUCCUCUUUUGGACAACAUGAGAUCGAUACGUCGAUUCUCGGGUAUUGCUUGAUACGCAAUCCCUGAGGAAAAUUUGGACGACUGAUUAGACAAUCGCUCGAAAAUUUGCAGAACGCCAACAGAGUUGGGUAUGAUGACUAGGAAAAAACUGUUUUGCCCUCUGCUUUUAUUUUGUAGAAUAACUAGUAAUUAGAUAUACAAGAUCAGAUAUCCGAAGAUAGCCGAUACACAUAUUUGUAAAUGCAUUUAGUGUGUGUGCAAAUGUGUGCAAAUUUCAAGCCGACUACACGUUUGCACUAAGUUUGCGCUUCGUGGAACCCAACCUUUUAAAAUAAAAUAAUCCUGCGGUGCACUUUGCAAAAUGUAUUUCAUCGAGAAGAUUGCAAAACAUGUUGCUAACUAUUAGUCUGGCGCAUUUAGAGGACGGAAAACUUAAUCAAAAACACUUUUAGAAAUCAUAGCGCUCAUUCCAUUGCGCUACCAAAGACAGACUAUAAUACUGAAGCUAAACUUGCGUUUGAAAUAAUCAAUGUAUAUACAAAUUAGUAAAUAAUGAAAAGGAAAUAUGCACGGGUUGUGUUAAUUUGUUAAGAUAGGUCUUCUGUAGAACCUGAAAACGCAACCGUCUGGAACGAAACAUUCGAAACAAGUAUCGGAAGGGAAGCAUCCAUCAUUAUUUAUAUUUGGUAUGUGUUAAUCGACUAGCCGACAAACGUUUCCCAACAAAUGAACUUACCUAUCUUAAAUGAAUUCUUAUUCUUUUACAAGUGCCAGCGUGCGACCCGGUAGAACUAUAAUCGUAGCCACUGCAGCAUUUGUUUUCAUAAGUAUUAAAAUUAUUUUAAUAAAUAACCGAAAAAGAACUAUGUUUACAAAAGAGAAGAUGAAACGCUAGAAUAAUGAGCUGCUUAAGAUGUACCUAUUGCAAGUUUACAAGAAAGCAAAAUGAUGAGAGCUCCAUGAUAGAAACAAAACAGAAUCAAUCGGAAUAGAAAUCCUAAUGCCCGGCAUUCUGCUCGACAAUAAUAACCGAAUAUUAAAACGUUUAAAGUAAGUGUUACCCAGUGGAUUAUACGGGUUGUGACAAAAUGUUAGUGAGAAAAACGAAAGAAUGGAUUUUUGUUUCCUUUAGCAAGGUGUUUCACCAUAGCAUAAGAAAUAAAUUUAAGGCAUGUGUGGAUAUAGGAGAAUUACUGGGAUUAGUAAGCUCGUUUGCAUCGCGGAAAUGUUACUAAAUUCGCUGGCGUUACCUUCUAUUCUGCAUUUCUUAGCGUUAACAGAAUAUGCAAAUUAUUGGCAGCGGUUUUAUGUUUUGUGCCUUAUUGCGCGAGUAAACUAUCCUCUUGAAGUUUAAUCGAAUUCAAUUCGCUUCUUUUGAGCAUCCUAAAUUCAUCUAUAUUUGUUUUAUUAUUGACGUUAUUCGCUACGGGAAAGGAUUUUCUGUGCCCGUGCAGAGUGGUAGGUUCGAGUUGUCAUAAAUAAAUAUAUUUCAUAAACUUGACGAAUACACUGUAAAUAUAGAAUUGUAUGUUGCAAUUUGCAAAUCGAAGUGCGGGUCAUGAGUAGCAUUCUCUAUUGCUUGUGUGUUUCCAAUCGU